UCUGGACAAGGUCCCCGAUCGGGCCUGGUUCAUUUUGGGAAUUAUGAGUUUUUCUUUUUUUCUUUCGGAGUUCGCUAAAAUAGCCCUUGCAGACGGUUCCUUGCAGCCGGCCUUUUUCUGGGAUCGAAGGGUUGCGGGCAAGGUCCCGGUGAGAAAAGUGGUUGCUAAGUGGCCGCCGCUUCCCACCCCAGAUGGGUCCCAGCACGACGCCCACCAAAAAGGUAGGUCAUCUUUGUUUGUGCAGUGUCCAGCAUCGUCUUCUACUAUAAUAAAUGCCGCCCCCAGGUCCCCCCUCGCUCCUCUCACCUUGUCCACCUUCCUUUGGCACGUUUGUCGUCUAGAUUCAUCCCUUUCAUACAUUUUUUGCGCCUUCGUCGUCAGGUAUCUUUCAAAAAGAUCCUCGACGUUCAUUCCUUCAGAACAAAGAAAACUACAGGACUUUUUUUUUCAUACUCUGAGCAGUGCUCGUCGAGUUUACACCCACACUUUCUGUCUUUACAGCACAGGAACAUCAAACCUUGUCUGUCUUUACAGUCUCGAUAACACAACAUCGAUAUAUCACUGCCAAGCUAGGCCUUACAAACCACAACAACAACAACAACAAAAAGUCACCACACUCCCUCAGUAGUGCUUCUUCACCCAAACAAACAGACUCCACAGUCAAACCACAAAAAGGAAACAACAGUACAUCAUGCGAUCCACGACUAUUCUCUCCGUCGCCGCCUUGGCCUCCACGGCGCUGGCCCAGCCGUUUGCUUUCGGCCACAACCACCAUGCCCGUCACCACCACGCUCGCAGGGGCGCUGCUGCCGUUGGGAAGCGCGACAUCGUCACUGAAUGGACCACCGAGUGGGUCACCGAGACUGCCACCGAGUACAUCGACAUGACCUCGACUGUCGUCAUCAACACCGCCACCACUCCUGGUCAGUUCUUCGAGGGCUCGUCGACUCCCCCGGCAGUCCCGGCCACCAAACCCACCCCGUCGUCGCAGGCCGCACCGCCCCCGCCGCCGCCUCCUCCUUCGCCCACUCCUCCUUCGCCCACUCCUCAGACCCCCUCGCCUUCUACUCCUCCUGUCCAGCAAUCCCCGACUCCUGCCCCGGCCGCCCCCAAGGUCCAACAGGCGCCUGAGCCAGCGGCCCCCAAGGUUCAGCAAGCUCCGCAGCCGGCCCCUCAGGUCCAGCAGGCACCUGAGCCCGCCCGUGCCCCUGCCCCUCUCAGCAUCCCCUCGCCCCCUGCUCCUGUCGCUCCCUCGCCCCCCAGCAGCGACAGCAGCAGCGGCGCCAUGAGCUUUACGGGCCAAGUGACUCACUACACCGUCGGCCUGGGAGCGUGCGGCUUCGAUGAUGCUGGCAAGGACAACAGCGAGUACAUCGUGGCCAUCUCCUCGGCUCUGAUGCACGGAAGCAACGGCGACCCCAUGUGCAACAAGAAGGUCAACCUCUCGUUCGAAGGCCACAGCAUCACCGCCACCAUCCGUGACAAGUGCCCGUCGUGCUCCAAGGAGCAGAUUGAUCUCAGCGAGAAGGCCUUCUUGGACCUCGUCGGCCCUCUGGGCAUUGGCAGACAGGGCGGCGUCAAGUGGACCAUCGCCUAAGAUGGAUGCUUGUGUUUCUCUCUUUCAAUCCUUUAACCAUCCUGCAACUGGGGGCUUGAACCCCCGCAGGAAUUGACGACCUUCUCCUUUUUUUCUACACUGACUGUGUUGUGCAUGCAACAUGAUUAUCUCCAUCACAAAUGGCUAUAUACCCUCUACCCAUGACGGCGGCGCGUUGGUCCAUAAAUUUUGAGUCUUCAACAAACAUAUGUUGCGUCUUUUACCCCAUUGGGAAAGAUAGCUUGGAGAUUGGGUUUUCUUCUCGACUAGCUCGCGUCUCCUCAGCUGAGAUGUUUUUAGCUUGUUAGGCUGGUUUCAGAUUGAGACCGGCCAUUUUCUUCAAAAAACCAGGGGAGACUUGGAGGGUCCGUGUUUUGGACGCCGAGUUGCUUUUAGCUUCUUUCUUCUAUCCGGGCUUUGUCAAGUUGGAUGAGGUCCUUGACAGCCACAUAGACUUCGCUUCUUGUAUAUAUCUAGGGAUCCGCCGAAUACAUCUUACGAUGUUUGAUGACUACAUCAAUUCUCAAUGCUCCGGGUCAGCUUGCCGAGCUGUGUCAUG